GUGUAAUUUAAUUUGCUAAUUUUAUUUAUUUAUAACAAAAAAUAAUUUAUUUCCCACAAAAUAAGGAAAAAGUGGAAAUAGGAGCGAGGAAAACAGUGGAAAUACCAGUGAGUGCACCUGCAGCUGCGGAGCUCAAUGGCAACUGGUGACAGAUCCUUCACCUGUCUGCUCAAAAGAGAAGACUAUAAACGCACAAAACAUGAUUCCGCUUUCUCCGUCUGGAAGAUUCUAGUUGGGCCUAAUGAUUGGGAGGAUCAUUCACUGGGGAAGGAAGGAACAGAGAGAUAUAGGACUCAGAACCUGCCAAACUGCACCUCGUGCUCUGGAGUUUAUGAACUGGGAAUAGCUGUGUCACGCCGCCAAGCUGGGCAAGAGGCUAGCAGACUUGAUCCUCAUUAUAUUGUUCCUGUAUAUGUUGGGAAAUCUGAUAAUAUUAGGACUAGGCUGCAGCAAUAUGGCCGUGUAGGCGCUCAUUUAGAGAAUUACUGCUCCAAUAGUGAGCUGCACGUCUAUGAAAAUGUAUCUGGUUCAAAGAGAGCAGGAUUAUUUACAGAAAUAUUCUCAAGAGGCUUCUCUAUUGUUUAUAGAUGGGCACCUAUGAAUGAACAUAAAGAUGCUGAGAGAACUGAAGCCCAGCUGCUCGGCAAAUUUGAUUAUGCUUGGAAUAAAGGCAGUAAUGGUGUACGUCGUCGCAAUGAUGUCCUCCGCAAGGUUGAGGGCAUUUCAAGAGAAACUCAUCUUCCUGCUUUCAUCAGGAAGCUUCAAUUGUCUCUUGAGAAACAAAAGGGUAUAAGAAUCAAAGCGUGCCAGCCCCUUUUUGUGGAGAAUGGAUCUGAUUUUCAUGAUAGCUUCAAAAGCACCAACUUCCUUCCCCAAAUUUUCAAAUUUGGGCGAUCGCAGCCGAGGAUAAUUUCACUGAGAUUUGGUGUAAAUGGUGAUCCUAAUACUAUUUGUGGUGUGGCUUUAGGUUAUGGAUCUGUUUGUAUAAGGCCUCCAAUAACAGGAAACAAAAGAUGUGCUGAGCACAAGGGAAUGAAGGUAAACAGUGUAAAUCCGAAGUUGAUAGCAGAAGGAAAGGCAAGCACAAGACCACCUUGCGAAAGUAGAGGUGAGGAAAAUGCUCCUAUUUGCGGUUUUAUCUUGGAUAGUGGUGCUCCUUGUGCUAGAAAACCAUUCCAGGGAAAUAAAAGAUGUAUGGAGCACAAGGGAAGGAGAAAUCGAGGCUUCAUUUCUCAACCAAUGACAGACAAAAUUGGCCAGUGGACCCACAAUCCUGUACUGGAAUACAGGACUACUUCUAGUAAUGAUUGUCAGCAGAUCUUAUCUAGCAGAACGGUCACACAACAUUCUCAAGAUUCCUCCAGUUCUCUUAUCCACCAGGACUACAAUGUCAUAUGUGGAGUUCAUUUAAAUGAUGGUAGUUUCUGCACCAGGAAACCUGCAGUUGGAAGAAAACGGUGUGAAGGACACAAGGGUAUGAGGGUUAAAGAGCCCAUUUCUAAGCAAUUAGGAGUUGAAAUACCAAGUUUAUUGGCAGGUCCAGCUGCCAAAAUUAGCAGCGGAAAAAAGCAUUGGAAGAUAGGCAUUCCAUCAGUCAACCAUUCUCCAACUUGUGGAGCAACAUUGCAUAAUGGUUCUUUUUGCAGAAGGAAACCUUCAGAAGGUAAUAAAAGAUGUUGGCAGCACAAAGGCAGGAAGAACUGAAUAAGCACUCCACAACCUGCGUAAUGUAGUUUCAUCUGUCGUGGUGCACCCUUAUGCAGUGGGUCCUACUGUAAAAGAUCACCGCACCAAAGGAUGCAAUCUAGCGGUCAAUAAAACUGGAAUGGCGACCAUAAGACGCCAGGGUCGAAACUCAGCAGAGGGAGGAUGCAUGUACCUAACGAAAUAGAUUGGGAUGCACAUGCUGUCUUAGACAACCAAUUUGUAGUUAGGAGAAGGUGUUGGUAUCUUGAAGGCAUGAAGGAGUUGUUCAUGUGUUUCAACUGGCGCAAUAUAUUAGCAGGUACCAUAAUUUGUGAGGAUAGCAAAUCUUCGAAUUUGUCAUCCAUGUGUGCUUCAAAUUAAAUUAUGGAAAAUCUUCUGAUUACUAGUAUGAGUAUAUUUGCAAAGGUAGUUUGCUGUGUGGCUUUGCUUUUCUGAAGACAAAUUGUUCCUACGGCUUGGUUGUGCUUAAUAACUUUAUGUUUGCUGCUUUGAGAUGAAGUCAGGCUGUAUUGAUACCAGUUUCUGUAAUCUAAUAAAACUAUACAGUUCACAGCACUUCAAUGCUGUUCCUUCUGUAAACUUUUCUUGAGACUUGAAUAAGUAAGGUUGAAUAUUUGUUAUUUUA